AUGGCGACCGCUUCAGUAUUCUCAUUCAAAUUCACGCCUCAACUACAAGCCCAUCUAUCCCAGCUCCCGCCCUCAGUAUCUCUGGACCGACUAUCGCGGCUCUCUCCGGAAAGACUCAAAUCGACAGCGCUACCUAACAUCGGAUCCAUCGAGCUCGUCUCCUCUGAAGCCUUCGAUUCCGUCUAUGACUCGAUGUAUGUAAGCAUGUUUCCGCGUCGCGAGGAACGAGAACGAUCUGAUUUAAUCGUCGACCGUCUCGCCGCGCAAUAUGCGGGACAGAGAGAGCACUUAGCGACAUAUCGAAUCGUUGGGAUCAGGGACGACAAAGGUGAGGCGAUUGGCGCAGCUCAAUUCUCCGUCCUCCCACUCCCAGCGCUAGAAGGGGAGGCCGAGGAAGGUGCCAAGUUCGCGGUGCCGUAUCUUCAAUACAUCUACAUUCGGCCGCAGAAUCGGAGGCAGGAUAUGUCUGAAGUUUUGCACACGCUCGUUUUAGCAGUUUCCGCGGCGGAUGCAGCGAAAGAUGGUCGUACGGUCCCAUUCACUUUGUACGAGACUGAACCGCCCGGCCACGGGGCUGAUGAAGUCAGCAGGGCAUACGCAAGUCAAAGAGCGCGAAUCCAUGCCAACGCUGGCGGUGUAGCAUUGGUGUUGAGGAGACAAAGUGACAGUAGUAUCAUCAGUGCACAUGUACAACCAGGCCUGGAGGUGGGAGACUCACCACUGACACUUACGUGGGUGAUCCGGCCGUCACCUGAUCCUGGUCGUGAAUAUGAUGUGGCACAGAUUGGAAGGAGUCUCGUCGCAGCAUACUAUAGUAGUCUGCGAGAUGAGGGAUUCCCGGAGGUGAACAUUCGCCUAGCGGAGACAAUAGUAGAAAAGAGAUAUGACGGAUGUGAGUUCCACUUGAUGCCACUUGCAGAUGUGAAGGAUCAUGUAGAGUAA